GUGCAAUCUACACACAAUGUUUCCUACAAGAGCGCUGUUUGCGCGCUCAGUCUGGAAAGGACCUAAUAUUCUCCCUAUUCCCAUCGUACGACCGAAGCCUGGGGAGAAAGUCGCCCCCAUCAAGACGCAGGCACGCUCCGCUACUAUCCUACCUAGUUUCGUGGGAUUGAAGUUUCAAAUACAUAACGGAAAGAACUAUUUGGACCUCACAAUAACUGAGGAUAUGGUGGGACACAAAUUAGGAGAAUUUGCACCUACGCGGAAGCAGUUCACAUACAAGCAGACCAAGAAUAAAUGAGACUUUUCUGUUUGUAGUUGCAUCAAUUGGAGUUUGGGUAUCAUUAAGGGAAGAAGCAUUGCAAGCUUUCCCAAUGUACUGUUAUUGUACAAAUAUCAUUGCCCUUUCAGGGAUUCGAUGUGCCAAUCUCCUAAAUUCCAAGAUGGAUGUCUGUUGCGCCCUGUGAAAAUAGUUCCCCCAAC